AUUUCCAUCAGCCAGUAAUGAAAUGUUAUUAUUUUCUAGUUUUUGAAUUAACCAACGAAACAGGAAAUAAAACGGCAGAAAAUAGCAAUUCUCCUGCAGGAAAUGGAGGACAAACGGAGUCUUUACAAACAGAGCCUGAUAACACACGUAGUAAUAAAAAUGGAAAAAAUAAGCCUAAUGCAUUACAUGAAGCCUGCAACAAUGCAAAACUUGAAAUUUUUAAGCAUUGUAUCCAAACAUACCCUGACCUUCUACACAAUGUUGAUAAUGAUGGAUGGAAUGCUGCUCUAUACGCCGCUCGGGGAGGAAACGUUAAAAUUCUACAAUUACUGACAAAUAAUGAAGUAGACGUCAAACAUAAAAACAAUGAUGGCUGGAACAUUCUUCAUGUGGCUUGUGUAAACUCUAACGUAGAGAUGAGUCGUUCUAUCAUCCAAACAUACCCUGACCUUCUACAGAAUGUAGAUAAUGAUGGAUGGAAUGCUGCUCUACACGCCGCUCGGGGAGGAAACGUUAAAAUUCUACAACUACUGGCAAACAAUGAAGUAGACGUCAAACAUAAAAACAAUGAUGGCUGGAACAUUCUUCACGUGGCUUAUGUAAUGUCUAACCUAGAAAUGAGCCGUUAUAUCAUCCAAACAUACCCUGACCUUCUACACAAUGUAGAUAAUGCUGGAUGGAAUGCUGCUCUACACACCGCUCGAGGAGGAAACGUUAAAAUUCUACAACUACUGGCAAACAAUGAAGUAGACGUCAAACAUAAAGACAAUAAUGGCUGGAACAUUCUGAACGUGGCUUGUGUAAACUCUAACUUAAAGAUGAGUCGCUAUAUCAUCCAAACAUACCCUGAAUUUCUACACAAUGUUGAUAAUUAUGGAUGGAAUGCUGCUCUACACGCUGCGAAAGGAGGAAAUGUCAAAAUUCUACAACUACUGGCAAACAAUGAAGUAGACGUCAAACAUAAAGACAAUGAUGGCUGGAACAUUCUUCACGUGGCUUGUGUAAACUCUAACUUAGAGAUGAGUCGUUAUAUUAUCCAAACAUACCCUGACCUUCUACACAAUGUUGAUAAUGAUGGAUGGAAUUCUGCUCUACACGCUGCUCGAGAGGAAAUGUUAAGAUUCUACAACUACUGUUAGAUAAUGAAGUAGACGUCAAACAUAAAACAAAUGAUGACUUUAACAUUCUUCACGUGGCUUGCGUAGAGUCUAACCUAAAAAUGAACCGUUAUAUCAUCCAAACAUACCCUGACCUUCUACACAAUGUUGAUAAUGCUGGAUGGAAUGCUGCUCUACACGCCGCUCGAG